GCACACACGAAUACACACAGCUUUCACUUUCACUUUCACUUUCGCAGCUGCGCCAAGGAAAAGAAAAGAAGAUGUCUCGAUUCCCAUGUAUGCACUACUCGAUCAUAUCCCGAACCAAAACGCUCUCUUGAUUUCUUCCCGAAACCACCACACACACGUCCAUCAGCAGCUCGCGAGCUCAGCUGGUACGCAGGCACACCAUGCGGCGGCUCAGCGACGCAGGGGAGGCCACGCCGCUGGUCACCCCCGCGGCGGCCGCGGCGGCGGGCGGCACCUUGGCAUCGCCGGCCGCUGCGGGGAGCAACGCCAACUUCGACGCCAACAUGGUGAUCAUCCUGGCCGCGCUGCUCUGCGUUCUCAUUUUCGCGCUCGGGCUCAACUCCGUCAUCCGCUGCGUGCUCCACUGCGGCCGCCGGCUCGCGCCGUCGUCGAGCCUCGCGGCCAGCGCCACCACGGCGAGGACGACGACAUCCGUGCACGUGCAGGCGGGGCUCAAGAGGAAGGCGCUGAGGAAGAUACCCGUGGAGGUGUACGGCGGAGCCAAGUCGUCCGGCGGCGCCCUCCCAGUCACGGCCACGGAGUGCGCCAUCUGCCUCGGCGAGUUCGCCGACGGCGAGAAGGUACGCGUGCUCCCGCGGUGCCACCACGGAUUCCACGUCCGCUGCAUCGACAUGUGGCUCGCCACGCACACCUCCUGCCCCAACUGCCGGGCCUCGCUCGCUGAGGACGGCGCCGCCGCUGCCAACGGCGGAGGGAGAUAGCGCCGGACAGGCCGGUGACGCAGCGUUGGGAAGUGUGGCAACAGGCGCUGGAGCAGGCGGACCGGUGAGGUGGUACAACUUGGGAGGCGCGUCGACGAUCGUCUCGAUGAGGCGGGGAAGUGGAGGCAGGCAUGCUAGCGGCGGCGGCCGGCAUGGUGGAGCUGAGCACCGGAGGCGGCCGUCCUAGCGGUGGCAUGGUGACGCGGCGGAGAGGAGCGACGAAGGGGCAACACGGCGGCGCAGGGCACACAUCCUGAACUUUCAUGCGGGUUUUUACCCGUCAAAUUAUACGGAAAGGGCUAUCUUUUUGUGGUUAAGGGAAGGUGGGGGUGGUUUUACGGGUCCUUUAAAAUAUUUCUAGGUUCAUGGAAGCUAUUGGAAUUGCUCUUAGUGUGUUUGUCAACGGUACAUUUGACUAUUGAUAAGGGUGAUGCCAACAGAUGAUCUAGUUUCAGUGAAAAUAAUCACCACUCGUGCAAAAAUUAAA